AUGUGGGGGAUCUCCAUCCUGUCGAUCGCCUUGGCUUUGCCAUGGGCCAAUGCUAUCACUCUGCACAAACGGGAUGAUCCUGCGGUCUUCUCGCUGCCGAUCGCCCGCAGUGAUCGACCUGAACCGUUACAGAAGCGCAGUUCCAAAGUUGCUAGCACGGCAUUAUACAAUGUGCAAAAUAUGUAUUAUAUGGUGAACAUCACCGUCGGCACUCCACCCCAGAAUGUCUCGCUCAGUCUCGAUACCGGCAGCAGUGAUAUCUGGGUUAACACCCCAAAUUCUACCUACUGCGAGGGGGAUGAUGAUCCCUGUUCCUCGACCGGCGUGUUCAAUUUGAAAGACUCCUCUACCUUCAAAAUGCUAGAUUAUGAGAUGAACGCUACCUACGUUAGUGGAUUUUUGGCUGCAGGUCAUUACGCCACUGACACACUGGUGAUCGGAGAUGCCAAGGUGAAAGAUAUGGAGUUUGCAGUGGCAGAACAAAGUCUCAAUCCCCAUGGCAUUUUGGGAAUCGGAUAUGCAGCAAAUACUGAUGCCGCCACUCAUUUCGGCAAAGAAUACGCCAACCUUCCGGAAGCGCUCGUUAAAAGUGGUGCUAUCAAGUCGACUGCCUACAGCCUGUGGUUGAAUAAAUUCGAUGGCACUGGAAACCUUCUUUUCGGAGGUGUCAACAAAGCCAGAUAUCAAGGCGAGCUUCAAACUGUGCCCAUUAUACCGAUAUACGAGAAGUACUAUUCUUUGUCUAUCGCCUUGACAGAUAUCUCUGUGAAGACCACGAAGGGCAGCAAGGAAUUUGCAACGGGUCUUCCCUUGGCCGUCACCCUGGAUAACGGAAGCCCUUUCAUUGUUUUGCCCAAAGAAGUAGUGGACCCUAUUUACAAGGAGAUCGGUGGUGGUUAUUCAUCGACCGUUGGUGGCGCCUAUGCUCCCUGCGAUAUGUACACGGCAGAUUACAAUGUGACCUUUAGCUUCUCGGGUGCCAAAGUCACGAUCCCCAUCAGCCGCCUGGUUUGGGAAAAUACCUCCUACGACGGUUUCCCGAAAGACACCUGUCUCUUCGGAAUUGUCUAUGGCGAGCCCGGAGUGAGUCUUAUGGGCGACACGUUCUUGCGUAGCGCUUAUGUGGUCUACGAUCUCGCCAAUAACGAGAUUUCUCUCGCAAACACCAAUUACGAUGGGGGAGAUGAUGAUAUUCACGAGAUUGGCACGGGAACAGAUGCGGUGCCCGGUGCGACUCUGAUGCCCUCUGCAGUCACCUCCGCGACGGGUCUUGAUCCUAGUGCAACCGUGGCGUCGUCGGGCUCUUCGGGAUCCGAGCCCACUGGAACCACAGUCUAUGUCACUGAUACUAGUACUGCGACUGGAGCUGCUAAUAGCGGUAGCGCGUCGAGCACUUCAUCUCAGGGAAUGGCAGCGUUGCCCACCAGCAACCCGAACCAUCUUCUCCCCGGUCUCCUGGGAGCUGGCUUGUUGCUUGCAUUAUAG